AUGUCGUGCUGCAAUGCUAGAAAGGUCAACCCGAAUACCGUGCGCGACAAGUGGCGGGAGCUGUGCUACGGUGAGAAACGGCGUGGGAAGUUUUCGCAAGCGGAGGACUGGAGGAUGCGCAUGGCCAUCUGCCACACAACCAACAGCUUGCUCCCGACAAAAGACAUACCCUGGACAAAGGUUCAGAAAUGGAUGCCACACCGGGGUUACAAGAUGUUGAUGAAACGCUGGUACAACGACCUCAUGCCACGCUUGACCGCCUACAAGGACAAGUAUGGGAUGCCUGUUGAGCCAGAUGUCUUCGUGCGACACCUCCUGCGUAAGCUUCGAAAGGAGGACUAUGACGAUCCGAGGGAAGUGGAGUGGACCCAUGUGAACACAUGGUGGUCGGCCGGCAUGAAUCGCACGAAGUGGCGGCAGCUCUCCUCACGAGUUCCUGACGAGCUUCGGUUCGCCGGCAUGCAGCAACAGGUUCAGUGGUGGUACGAGGUCAACCAGUGCAAGUCUCAUCGGAAGCGGGACAAGAAACUGCUCGCGGCUGAGAUCUUGCGCAAGGCCUUUUUGCUUGGACCAGCUGUUCUGACUCCCUUUCUGACUCUGGGACCGCCUCGGGGCAUCCAGAGGCUCAAGACCAUCGUCUCGGCAGAGGAGGCGGAGGCAUCCUCUUGA